AUGCCCGUCUUGGUUCUUCGCGUCAAGAGCUCCGCUCACGAGAGUGAGUUCGAGCCCUUCACGAGAUUGGAUUCUCCGGACGAUUUUGCUGCUGCAUGGAGGACCUGUACUAAGGUGAAGGACACUCUCGAGAACGGGAAUCGCUUGGAGAACCUGUCCUGGCGUCUUUGGCAUCUGCACCAGAUCCUGGUGGAGACCAAGAAGGCGAACAACACGCAGUUCAAGCGCCUGUCCUGUAAAAUCACGAAAAAGUUCGGCCAGCCUGCUCAGACUGUGAGGCGGCCGUCGCUGUAUGAUGUAUCACAGCAACAGCAGACCUUCGGGCCAUCCAUGGCGUCUCAACAUUUCGUGUUGCAGCAGCAGCCGCCAUUCGUGAACGAAGAUCAUCGCGCUUCGUCUUGGUCAUUUACCGAGUUACCACGCCCACCACUCAAUGGCUUCGGAGCAGGUCCAACUCAAGAUACUGGGAUGAGCAACGACGGUGCCGGUUGCUCAUACCAAAAGGAAUUUGACGCGCUGGCGGCCCAUGACGAUCACAAGUGUACAAUCAAGCUGGAAGAGGGAAUAGUCAUGCAACCCGAAGACGAUGCCUCAAACUCCUCCACGACAACGUCUACCCCGCUAUCUGGCCCAAUCCGUCCCAAAGCAGUCCGACGAAGCACUGCGAGGGUGCAGACUGCGCCAACACCUUCGGCGCCCAAAUCGAAAUCUGGCGGACCGACAAUAGGCGCCAAUGGUACUAUCAACACUUGCCAGAACUGCGAAGCGACAUCGACGCCACUGUGGAGACGAUCAGACCAAGACGAACUGCUAUGCAAUGCCUGCGGAUUGUACUACAAACUGCAUAACCGCCACCGACCCAAGUCUUUACGUCCCCAGUCUCUUCAGUCAGGCGACGGCGAUGGCGCCAAUACCGCUCAACUCACCCAUUGCGCAAACUGCGAUACCACGUCCACACCUCUAUGGCGUCGCGACGCCGAAGGCAGACCCAUUUGCAACGCAUGCGGGCUUUACGAGAAGCUUCAUGGCGGGCAGCGUCCGGCAUCCAUGCGGACGGACGUGGUCAAGAAGCGGAGUCGUGUGCAAGACGGGAAUGGACAACGGAAAAAGCGAGCACAGAAGGUUGAGGCGAUGAGUGAUGCGCAGACGGUAUCUGCGCCGUCUGCACCACCGGCACCCGCAUUACCUCCAACCUUCUCUGUGGGCAUUUGA